AUGAGUGAAUUUGCACUUGGAGAAUCUGUCUUUGGCACAGAUGCCUUGUCCGUUCAGAAGCUAUUCAAUGUUGAAGGCUGGGUCGCAGUGGUCACUGGAGGUGGCACUGGUCUAGGUCUGGUGACCGCUGCUGCUCUUGCAGAGAAUGGCUGCAAGGUCUACAUCUCUGGUAGACGACUUGACGUGCUGGAGAAGGCGGCCAAGGCUGCCAGCCCAAAGAACGGAAAGGGUCAGAUCAUCCCUGUUCAGGGAGAUGUCGGGACCAAGGAAGGAAUCAUCAAGCUCAGAGAAGCGGUUGAGAAGAACGAGAAGUGGUUGAACAUCCUCGUCAACAACGCCGGUGUUUCUGAGCCUCACGGAGAGAUCGAUGACUGUGAGCAGACACCAGAAGGUGUGUCCAAGGAGAUGUUUGAGAAGGAAUCUUUUGAGACUUGGGCCAACACUCACCGGAUCAACACUGCAUCGUAUCACUUCACCACGUUCGCCUUCCUCCCCUUGCUUUGCGCCGCCAAGUCGAAAGGCGGCUUCAGGGAAGCUGGCAAUGUCAUCAAUGUAGCCAGUCUGUCCGGUAUUACCAGGACCAGUCAACAUGGCCAGUUCAACUACAACUCUGGGAAAGCGGCCACUCGUCAUCUGUCAUUGAUGCUGUCUACAGACUUCGCCCGACGAGGCUUCGGAGUCCGAGUCAACUGUAUCAACCCUGGUUAUUUCCCUUCGGGCAUGAGUGUCAAAGAUGUCCCAAAGGACGACCCGGAAGCCGCUGCAAACCUCUUCAAGACAAAGUAUGCCAUCCCUUUCGGCAUCGUUGGGACUGCCAAGGACUACGCGCAGACCAUCUUUGGCAUUGUCACCAACGAAUACAUGACCGGAUGUGACAUUGUCAUUGAUGGAGGUUGGCUCGCUACCCAGAGUAGGUGCCUCGCAUUAUUUUUUCGUCGCUCCGGCUGA